AUGGUGUUUCCUAGAGAGUCAUCGAAGAGUGAUAAGAUCGAUGCAAAGGAUCGGAUAUCUGAGUUGCCUGAACCCAUUAAGCAGCACAUUCUGUUUUUCAUGUGCCCCGAAGAUGCAGCUCGGACCACUGUUUUGUCCAAGACAUGGCAACAAACAUGGAAUUCACUCCGCAGGUUAAGUUUUGUAUCUGUAGAUCUUGGUUGUACCAAAACUCUGGAAAUACUCCACACGGAAAAGGUAAUAAUUCAAAAAUUUAAGGUUUUAGUACUACAAGAAGGUGCUGCUUCGCUGUCUUGUAUCGAUAAAUGGCUUGAAUUGGUUCUAGGAAAUUACAUCAAUGAGCUACAUCUUCACAUCUUAUUCUUCGAAUACACACUGCCUAAGCAAAUGUUUGCAGCUAAAUCCUUGGCCAUAUUAAACUUAAUACGUUGUAGGUUGGUAGAAUCUUUUUUUGAUGAAAAUGCUAAGUUUACUCGUCUGAAGGAGCUGACUUUGGAAAAAGUUGUUCAAGAUGGGAAUGCGAUACAAGAACUCCUUAACCGCUGCCCUAUGCUUGAAGCGUUUUCAAUUGAUAAUUGCUUGAACGUAUAUUGUCUUAAGCUUUUUAAUCUUCCCAACCUUAAGAUGGCCAAAAUCAAUAGGGUCAGAAUGUUUUACAUUAAUAAAGCUCCUAAUCUACACACUCUGUGCUGUAGAGUGAAAAUUUCAAUCAUAUGUUCGCUUCGUACUACUUACAAUAAUUUAAGGAAGCUUUCAAUUGGAAUUGGUUACAACAGCUUUGAUGUAAUGUAUCUUCCACGACUUAAUUCUAUGUUUCCCCUUCUUGAGACUUUGGACUUUAACGACAUAAGACGACUGGAUGAGGUUAAAAUUUCACAUGGUCGACUUGAGAGCUUAAGUUUGUCAUCAAAGUUUAAUACUAUCACAGGUUGA